GAUUCAAGUCAGCUCUGUGUUUAUAAAAAUUCGAUCUUGGUUCUUCAACCCAACAGAUGAUUAAGCGUGACCCACGUGAAACUUGCUGGGUGCGAAGAACUCCGUUCCAAGCAGCCCUCAUACUCCUGUUAUUUGUAUUAAUCUCGUUCUUCAUUGCAAUGAUCGUCCUUCUCAUUGUUUCCAUCAGCACUAAGCAGGGUAAAACUGCAAAAUGCUUAGAAGUAUGUGACAGUAUCGGUGACGAACGGUACGGGGAGUCCGAGUCACACAUGAGAACUAUUGCACGGCGGGGAGAGAGUAUAAUUUUGAACAAUUGUUUGACACCGAGAGUAGCUAGAAUGGUAAAUAAUGUAGAUUAUAAUUCAAAUCUACAUGAAAACUGCACUGAAUACAGGGUACUAGACAAUAUGAGUUCGCCAGAUUUAGAUUCGCAGCUACUGUCAACAGAAGACGAAAUUGAAGUGAAUUUUCCAGAAAUGGGUUUAAAUGGUUCUAGUCGGUCAACCAGAAACACAAAAAACGCGGUCGCAUCUGGAACCAAACGAACUUCACCGAAAUGCUUUGACGAACCCCCAAGAUUCCCUGCUGUUGCAGCCCUACUCGAAAACCUUUACAGCGACGAUUCUGAAGAACAGAUGUUUAAAUGUGCUGUUGCAGUGGUGGCAGUAAACUGGGUUCUCGCUCUAGAAGACUGCGUAGAUGACGACAACACUCAAUCGCUUGCUGUCAGAAUCAAUUCUAACUUCUGGUCCACCGGAGGACUUCUGAAGAAAGUCAAAAAUGUAGUCAAAGUCGAUGGAUUGGUUGUCAUCCAGUUGGUGGAAGACCAAGACGAUUCGUGUUUCUUUCCGGCUAAUCUGUCUCGUGACGUUGGUGACGACGCAACGGUUUAUUUUUGGAACGGUGAUAUCACCCUUCCCCUAGCAAAAAAGAGUAAAUUCGAAUCUAUUCGCUCGAAUAAUUUUAAGUUACGGAAGUUUGACAACCGAGUUUUGUUUGAAGAUGACAGGUGCGAGGGUCAUAAUGGGGCUCCUAUUUUCGACGAAAAGAAAAAAUUGGUUGGUGUUCAACUGGGAACGUGUAGUAUUAAAGCCCUAUAUACAAAUUUUGACUGGUAUAAGAUAAUUGAAGUAUUGACAUAA